UCCCGGGGGGCGCGGGGAGGGGCCCGGGCCGGGGGCAGCCCCGCCGUGACGGCGUUGCCCCCUCAGGAGAGGCGGGUGGGGCCUCGGCGGGCCCGCGCGGCGCCGCCAUGGCGGAGGAGCGGCCCGAGGUGCUGCAGGUGCUGGUGAAGACGCUGGACUCGCAGACCAGGAGCUUCGAGGUGGAGCCCGAGAUCUCGGUGCGCGAGUUCAAGCAGCGCAUCGCCGGCGCCGUCAGCAUCGCGGCCGAGAAGCAGCGCCUGAUCUACCAGGGCCGCGUGCUGCAGGACGAGAGACGGCUGCGGGACUACAGGGCUGGGGCAGGGCUGAUCUGCCAGGGCCGCGCGCUGCAGGACGAGAGACGGCUCCGGGACUACAGUGAG